AUGGUGUCAAUUGCCCCAUGGCUGGCAACAAUCAAGGGAGCCCAAUGUUUCAACCCUGAGCAUGAAGCACAGGCACUGAGGAAGGCUAUGAAGGGAUUGGGCACAGAUGAAGACACCAUCAUUCAGAUCCUGACUCUCCUGAACUGCUCCCAGCGUCAGCAAGUUCUGAUCACCUAUAAAAGCACCAUUGGCAGGGAUCUGAUUGAUGACCUGAAGUCGGAGCUGAAAGGGAAUUUUGAGCGGGUGAUCAUUGCCCUGAUGACUCCCAGCACCAUGUAUGAUGUGCAUGAGCUGAGGAGGGCUAUGAAGGGUCCAGGGACAGAUGAAAGUUGCCUGAUUGAGAUCCUGGCCUCACGCACCAGUGAGGAGAUUCGGAACAUCAGCCAGAACUACAAACUGCACUAUGGCUCCACCCUGGAGGAGGACAUCAUCUCUGACACAUCUGGCAGAUUACAACAAGUCCUGGUGUCCCUCUCCACUGGAGGCAGAGAUGAAGGAACAUAUGUGGAUGGUAGCCUGGCUCAGCAGGAUGCUCAGUGCUUGUUUGAAGCUGGGGAGAACAAAUGGGGAACAGAUGAGGUCCAGUUCAUCUCCAUCCUCUGCACACGGAACGUGGAGCACCUGCUCAUGGUUUUUGAUGUGUACAGGAGCAUUGCUAACAAGGACAUCACAGACAGCAUCAAAUCAGAGAUGUCAGGAGACCUGGAGGAUGCUCUCCUAGCUGUGGUGAAGUGUCUGAGAAACAAACCCGCUUAUUUUGCUGAGCGAUUGUAUAAAUCCAUGAAGGGCCUGGGGACAGAUGACAGCACUCUGAUCCGAGUGAUGGUGUCCCGCUCCGAGGUGGACAUGCUGGAUAUCAGGAGGGAGUUCCUGGCCAUGUAUGGGAAGUCUCUGCACUCCUUCAUCGAGGGAGACUGCUCGGGAGACUACAAAAAAGUUCUGCUCAGGCUGUGUGGUGGAGAGGAUUAAAGGCUGCCUGGCUGCACUGCCUGGGUG